AUGCGCCCUUUCGGACAACCAGAUGCUCGGCAGAUAGCCCGAGCACCUGCUCGUCCCAUUCCUGUACUUGCGCAGCCAGUGUGCACCAUGGCUAGGCGACCAGUGCCUAGGCCACAUCCUGUUCCACUUCGUGCAGCGGUCAGGCGACCUGCGCCUGCCUCUCCUGUUGCUCAGGUUGCCCCGGCCCCUCUGCGCCGGCAGCCUGCUGCAGUUGUUCCACCUGUUCGUGCAGCGGUCAGGCGACCUGCGCCUGCCGCUCCUGUUGCACAGGCUGCCCCGGCCUCUCAACGCCGGCAGCCUGCUGCUGUUGUUACUCCCGUUGUUCCAGUAGAAGUACCUCGCAUUCAGAUCCCGGCACUUUCAGUUGUUCCUAUUCCCCCUGCCACCCAGGCAGUGGGUUCAGAUGUCCCCUCCACCUCCACCUCCGGCCUUGGGUGA